AGCGCACGCACUCAUUCAGAAAUCAGAGGCGCACGCGACAGCAUCUCCGCGCGCUCUGCACCGGACCGCUGCUGUCAAACGCGAUCGCAUUUUUGGAUCUAUUUGUUGAAUGAAAGUUAUUUUUUCUCUACCAUUGGAAGAAAGGGAACGUUGGAUCUAUGCUAACCAUACGUGGAAUUAUACGAGGUCUGUAAAGCAGAAGAGAAGGAAUGCAUCGUUUCUUUGUGAAACUAACUUUGUUUUUGUCAUCGAUCGCUUUAACACGAGGUAUAAGAUGCGCGCUGCCCGCUGAAUCAUGCCUCAACGGUGGGAGGUGUGAAGCAUCCCGAGACGGAGACGGAGAAUGCAAGUGCCCAGAUGACUUUGUCGGAAACCGGUGUCAGCUCCUCAACCCCUGUGCCACGAACAAGUGCGCCAAUGGCGGGACGUGCGGCGUGGACGUCCGCGGCAACACGGCGGUCUCUAAAUGCUCGUGUCCGCCAGGCUUCAUGGAUGACGUGUGCCUGACACCAACCAACCACGUGUGCAUGAACAACCCCUGUAAGAAUGGCGGCACCUGUGACCUGCUCAGCGUGAACGAACACCGCUGCCGCUGCCCGCCGGGCUGGUCUGGCAAAACCUGUUCGCAGGCUGACCCCUGUGCCUCGAACCCAUGCGCCAAUGGCGGCCAGUGCAGCCCAUUCGAGUCGCACUACAUCUGCACCUGCACACCCACCUUUCACGGCCAGACCUGCAAGGUGGACGUCAACGAGUGUGCCCAGAGCCCCUCCCCCUGCAAGAAUGGCGGCACCUGCGUCAACGAAGUCGGCUCAUACCGUUGCGAGUGCCCCCGAGAGUACACCGGCAAGCACUGUGAGGUGCUCUACAGGCCGUGCAGCCCCUCCCCCUGCCUCAACGGGGGUACCUGCAUGCAGAGGGGGAACACCACCUACGAGUGCACCUGUCUGCCAGGCUUCAGUGGUCAGCACUGUGAACAGAACAUCGAUGACUGCGUUGACCACCGUUGUCAAAAUGGAGGAGCAUGUGUGGAUGGAGUUAACACAUACAACUGCCAAUGUCGGCCGCACUGGACAGGUCAGUUCUGCACGGAGGAUGUGGACGAGUGCCAGAUGAUGCCUAACUUGUGCCAGAACGGCGGCACCUGCCACAACACGCACGGCGGUUACCACUGCGUCUGUGUCAAUGGUUGGAUGGGCGAUGACUGCAGUGAGAACAUAAAUGAUUGUGCCAACGCCGCCUGCCACAAUGGUGCCACCUGCCAUGACCGUGUGGCCUCCUUCUUCUGCGAGUGUCCCCAUGGCCGCACUGGUCUGCUAUGUCACCUAGACGAUGCCUGCAUCAGUAACCCCUGCCAGAAGGGCUCCAACUGUGAUACCAACCCCGUCAAUGGCAAGGCCAUCUGCACCUGCCCACCUGGAUAUACCGGAUCUGCCUGCAAUCAGGAUAUCGAUGAGUGCUUCCUCGGUGCAAACCCCUGUGAGCACGGGGGCAGCUGCAUGAACACUAUGGGCUCCUUCCAGUGCAGCUGCCAUGAGGGAUUCUCUGGACCACGUUGCGAGAUCGACAUCAACGAGUGCAUGUCCAACCCCUGCAAGAACGAUGCCACCUGCCUGGACCGCAUUGGGGGCUUUCACUGCAUCUGUAUGCCUGGGUACAGCGGGCCGUCCUGUGAGGUCAAUGUGGACGAGUGCGCCAGCAGCCCAUGUCUGAACAACGGGAAGUGUGUCGACAGGAUCAACGCUUUCCACUGCGAGUGCCCAGCCGGCUUCAGUGGUCAGCACUGUGAACAGAACAUCGAUGACUGCGUUGACCACCGUUGUCAAAAUGGAGGAGCAUGUGUGGAUGGAGUUAACACAUACAACUGCCAAUGUCGGCCGCACUGGACAGGUCAGUUCUGCACGGAGGAUGUGGACGAGUGCCAGAUGAUGCCUAACUUGUGCCAGAACGGCGGCCCCUGCCACAACACGCACGGCGGUUACCACUGCGUCUGUGUCAAUGGUUGGAUGGGCGAUGACUGCAGUGAGAACAUAAAUGAUUGUGCCAACGCCGCCUGCCACAAUGGUGCCACCUGCCAUGACCGUGUGGCCUCCUUCUUCUGCGAGUGUCCCCAUGGCCGCACUGGUCUGCUAUGUCACCUAGACGAUGCCUGCAUCAGUAACCCCUGCCAGAAGGGCUCCAACUGUGAUACCAACCCCGUCAAUGGCAAGGCCAUCUGCACCUGCCCACCUGGAUAUACCGGAUCUGCCUGCAAUCAGGAUAUCGAUGAGUGCUUCCUCGGUGCAAACCCCUGUGAGCACGGGGGCAGCUGCAUGAACACUAUGGGCUCCUUCCAGUGCAGCUGCCAUGAGGGAUUCUCUGGACCACGUUGCGAGAUCGACAUCAACGAGUGCAUGUCCAACCCCUGCAAGAACGAUGCCACCUGCCUGGACCGCAUUGGGGGCUUUCACUGCAUCUGUAUGCCUGGGUACAGCGGGCCGUCCUGUGAGGUCAAUGUGGACGAGUGCGCCAGCAGCCCAUGUCUGAACAACGGGAAGUGUGUCGACAGGAUCAACGCUUUCCACUGCGAGUGCCCAGCCGGGUUCACUGGGAACCUCUGUCAGAGGGACAUCGACGAGUGUGCCAGCACGCCCUGUCAGAACGGGGCCAAGUGUGUCGACGGGCCCAAUAAGUACACCUGCGAGUGUACAGAAGGCUACAUGGGAACACACUGCGAGACCGACGUCGACGAGUGUGCCUCGAACCCCUGCCACUAUGGCACCUGUGUGGACGGCCUGGCCACAUUCGACUGCCUCUGCAUCCCCGGCUACACGGGCCGUCUGUGCCAGACCAACAUCAACGAGUGCCAGAGCCAGCCGUGCCAGAACGGGGGCACCUGCAUGGACCGGGAGAACCACUACUUCUGUGCCUGCCCCAAGGGUACCACAGGGCCCAACUGCGAGAUCAACCUGGAUGACUGCCAGAGUAAGCCCUGCGACUACGGCAAGUGCAUCGACAAGAUCGACAGCUACGAGUGUGCCUGCGAGCCGGGUUACACCGGCACCAUGUGCAACAUCAACAUUGACGAAUGUACCUCCAACCCCUGUCACAAUGGUGGCAUCUGCAAGGACGGCAUCAACAACUUCACCUGCAUCUGUCCGGAGGGGUACCACGAUGCCACCUGCCUCUCGCAGGUCAACGAGUGCGACAGCGACCCCUGCAUCCAUGGCCAUUGUGAAGAUAAAGUCAAUGGCUACACGUGCAUCUGCGAUCCCGGCUGGAGCGGCUUGAACUGCGACAUCAACAACAACGAGUGCGAGUCGAACCCCUGCAUGAACGGGGGCACAUGCAAGGACAUGACCAGCGGCUACGUGUGCACCUGCCAGGCGGGCUUCAGCGCAUGCGACCCGCGCGGCACCUACAGCUGCGUGCAGCUGGCCAACAGCUACCGCUGCGAGUGCCGCACCGGCUACAAGGGUCAGCGUUGUGACAAGGUUUUCGAUGGCUGCAAGGGGAGGCCCUGCCGCAACGGAGGUACCUGUGCCGUGGCAAGCAACACCCCCAACGGCUUCAUCUGCAAGUGUCCCCCGGGAUACACGGGAUCCACCUGCGAGUACGACGCCCGUUCCUGCGGCAGCCUGCACUGCCGCAAUGGGGGUACCUGCAUCUCAGGCCAGAAGAGCCCACGCUGCCUGUGCCCGGUGGCAUACACCGGCCCUGAGUGCCAGUACCCGGUGGACAGCCCCUGCAACUCGGGCCCCUGCUACAACGGCGGUACGUGCCAGUACACCGCAGAAGCACCGCACUUCCGCUGCGUCUGCCCCGCCAACUUCAACGGGCUCCUCUGCCACAUCCUGGACUACACGUUCCGGGGCGGCCCGGGCAGCGACAUCACGCCGGCGCCUGAGGUGCCGGAGAGCUGCAAGGUGGCGCAGUGCGAGGGUCGCCAAGGCAACAAGGUCUGCGACGGCCUGUGCAACAACCAUGCGUGCAGCUGGGACGGCGGCGACUGCUCGCUCAACUUUGACGACCCCUGGAAGAACUGCUCGGCCGCGCUGCAGUGCUGGCGAUAUUUCAACGACAGCAAGUGCGACAAACAGUGCGACAACGCUGGCUGCCUCUACGACGGCUUCGACUGCCAGGACCAGGAGGGCCAGUGCAACCCCCUGUAUGACCAGUACUGCAAAGACCACUAUGCAGACGGCCACUGUGACCAGGGCUGCAACAACGGCGAGUGCGAGUGGGACGGCCUGGACUGCGCGAGCGACCUUCCAGAGCGACUGGCUGUAGGCCACCUGGUGCUGGUGGUGCACAUCCCACCUGAGCAGCUGAAGAGCAACCUGUCGACGUUCCUGCGCGAGCUCAGCCGCGUCAUCCACACCAACGUGGUGUUCCGGCGUGACGCUAACGGCCAGCCCAUGAUCUACCCAUACUACGGCAGCGAGCAGGAGCUGCGCAAGCAUCGCAUCAAGCGCUCGGCAGACCCCGCCGGCUGGGCCCAACUCCCUGGCGACAUCCUCGACAGGGUGCAGGCGUCCGUGUAUGCCGGGCUGGACGUGCGCCGCCGCCGCGAGCUGGACCCCACGCAAGUCAAGGGCUCUGUGGUCUACCUGGAGAUCGACAACCGCCAGUGUAUCCAGCAGUCCAAAGACUGCUUCGAGAGCGCAACGGAUGUGGCGGCCUUCCUGGGCGCGCUGGCGUCCAGCGGCAACCUGAACGUGCCCUACUACAUCGAAGCUGUCUCCAGUGAGAACGACAGCCAGCCGCCCAGCGAACUCUACCCCAUCUACCUGGCGCUGGCGGCACUGGCGCUGCUGGCGGUUGCCGCCGCCGGCGUGGUGGCGUCCCGGAAGCGGCGCCGCGAACAUGGACAGCUCUGGUUCCCCGAGGGCUUCAAGGUUGGUGAGCCGGGCAAGAAGAAGAGGAGGGAGCCAGUCGGGGAAGAUUCCGUGGGGCUGAAGCCACUGAAGAACUCCUCGGACAUGUCCCUUAUGGACGACAACCAGAACGAGUGGGGCGAGGUGGAGCCAUCCAGCAUCAAGCGCUUCAGGUUCGAAGAGCAGGCGAUACUGGACCAGGACGAUCAGAUGGACCAUCGGCAGUGGACCCAGCAGCACCUCGAUGCGGCUGACCUCCGCAUCUCCUCCAUGGCGCCCACACCCCCGCAGGGCGAGAUCGAUAACGACUGCAUGGACGUUAACGUCCGUGGCCCAGACGGCUUCACUCCGCUGAUGAUCGCGUCCUGCAGUGGCGGGGGCCUGGAGACUGCCAACAGCGAGGAGGACGAGGAUGCCUCGGCCAGCGUGAUCUCCGACUUCAUCUACCAGGGAGCCAACCUGCACAACCAGACGGACCGCACCGGCGAGACCGCCCUGCACCUGGCCGCCCGCUACGCCCGUUCCGAUGCCGCCAAGCGGCUGCUGGAGUCCAGUGCGGACGCCAACGUCCAGGACAACAUGGGGCGCACGCCACUGCAUGCCGCCGUGGCCGCCGAUGCCCAGGGCGUCUUCCAGAUCCUGAUCCGGAACCGCGCUACGGACCUGGAUGCCCGCAUGCACGACGGCACCACGCCGCUGAUUCUGGCGGCCCGGCUGGCAGUGGAAGGCAUGGUGGAGGAGCUCAUCAACUGCCACGCCGAUGCCAACGCCGUGGAUGACUUUGGUAAGUCUGCACUCCACUGGGCUGCCGCCGUGAACAACCUGGACGCAGCGAUGGUGCUGCUGAAGAACGGAGCCAACAAAGACAUGCAGAACAACAAGGAGGAGACGCCGCUGUUCCUCGCUGCCAGAGAGGGCAGCUACGAGACGGCCAAGGUCCUGCUGGAUCACUUCGCCAACCGUGAGAUCACGGACCACAUGGACAGGCUGCCGCGGGACAUCGCGCAGGAGCGCAUGCACCACGACAUUGUGCGCCUCCUCGACGAGUACAACCUGGUGCGCAGCCCCACCGUGCACAACGGGCACAUGGGCGCCACCCUCUCGCCGCCGCUCUGCUCCCCCGGCAGCUACCUCAUUGGCGGCAAGACCCCCAUCCAGGGCAAGAAGGUCCGCAAGCCGGGGGCCAAGGCUGUCAGCUGCAAGGACGGCAAGGACCUGAAGGGGCGCAGGAAGAAGGCGGACUGCAAGGGCGGCCUGCUGGACAGCUCGGCUGCGCUCUCCCCCGUGGACUCGCUGGAGUCGCCACACGGCUACCUGUCCGACGUGUCGUCGCCGGCCAUGAUGGCUUCGCCGUUCCAGCCGUCUCCGUCGGUGCCGCUUAGCCACAUGCAGGGCAUCCCUGAGGCCCACAUGGCCGUCGGGCACCUGGCGCUGGCGCCCAAGCAGGACCUGGGCCGGGCGGCUUUCGACCCGGUGCCCAUGCGCCUCUCCCACCUGCCCACGCCCAGCCCCAGCACCUCUGGCCCCAUGGGCCUGCCGAUGGGCUCUGGCGGCACCGUGGGCGCUGACUGGGUCUCUUGCCCGCACCCUGGCACGGCCCAGCAAGGCCAGUUCAACCCCAUGAGGAACGCCACAAGUCAGGUGGCCCUACACCAAGCCAGCCCCACCAUGCAGCACGGCAUGAUGGUGCCCCUGCACAUAGCCCCCACCCUCUCCCAGAUGAUGAGCUACCAGGGCGUGCCAGGAGGGGCCCACCUCGCCACACAGCCCCACCUCAUGCAGCAGCUGCAGCACCAGCAAAGCGUGCAGCAGCCUCCCAGCAUCCAGCUGCAGCACCAGAACUCCAGCACUGCCACCCUCAACCAGAAUUUCAUCAGCGGCGAAUUAAACCAGUCAGACCUGCAGCCUGGACUGGUGGGCACCAUGUCCAUGCAUACCAUCCUGCCCCAGGAGACCCAAAUCAUACCCUCCUCACUCAACCAGGCUGUGCCCAGCACCCAGUUCCUCACCCCGCCCUCUCAGCAUAGCUACUCCGCCCCCAUGGACAACACCCCCAAUCAUCAGCUGCAGGUGCCCGACCAUCCCUUUCUGACCCCCUCCCCUGGAUCUCCAGACCAAUGGUCGAGUUCCUCCCCACAUUCCAAUAUGUCCGAUUGGUCAGAGGGCAUCUCCAGUCCUCCAACCAGCAUGCAGCCACAGAUAGGACAUAUUCCAGAUCAGUUCAAGUAAGGAGACCAUGUACUUCCUUAGUCAAGGUGGACAGCUCAUGUAAAAAUCAUUCAAAAGCACUCCUUUCAAAACAAUCUAAUAAAUAAACGAAAAAUAAGAUUUUUUUUAUAGCGAAGAGGGAGCAGAUUGGACUAAAGAAACCCCUUUUAUAUGAUUUUAUACUAAUAACAGUAAUUAUGUUGCAUUCAUUUUAUAUUUAUUUAUGUACUUUAUGUUGGAAAAUGACACAAUGUCUUAUUUAUGUUUUAUUGUGUUUUCUGGUAAAGGAAUCUUUGGGGCCAAAGAUGUCAGGCCUGAGACCAGGAGGGGCAAUGAUGCUUUUUAAAGAAAAAUAAGGGAACAUUUUCUAUGGUCGUGCUUUUCUCUGCAACAUAAAAGAGAUUAACAUUAACACUGGUAUUUAUUGGCAUCUUAAAUUGUUACUGUAAUUGGAUAAAACACAGAUCUCUCCUCUCCCUCUCCUCCUGUUUGUUAACUGUGUGAUACUUUAUAAAUUUAUGUAAAAAAUGUACUAUGAAUACUUUUUGUUUUUUUGACUGUUUUAUAUCGUUUUGUGUUUCAGUAUUAACUAGAUUUAUAUUAGUCUUUUAACAUAAAGUAGAUCAGACUUGCUUUGUUUCUCAGAACCAGAUCAGAUGCUUUAUUACUGUCGUCACUGCACACAGGUAUAUUCAAUUACUCACCGUUAGCCAGAACUACAUCUGUAUAUCUAGGGAAAGAUUACACAUUUGGUGGUCAGUAUAUCUUUGGCCAGAAUGUGGGACUGUAUUUGUGACUGGUGGCAGCCCUGGUGUGAAUGGAAAAAAAGCCUCCCUUCAAUAAAGAGACUGAUGAACAAUAAAAGAAUACAGAGGCUGGUUAUAGGCCUCUGCUUUGACUUUCUGAAAUCUGGCAAAUUUUGUCACGCCUUCACAGAUGUUAGUCAUUCGCGCUUUAAAUGAAUGGACUUGUGACCGUUUCAUUGAUGUGUAAAUAAUGUUAAAAUGAGAUUUUGUUUCAGAAAUCUUUAAGUCUUAUAUGUGUUGUGUCAAUGUGAAGUGUCACUAUAAUGAGGUUUUUUUUUCUUACACAGAAACAUUGUAUGUUACUCAGUGGUACCUGAGUUACAUAUAAAUAUAUAACUGUAAAACACAGGGGUGUGUGGAACUCCUAUAGUUAAAGAAUGACAGAAGAUUCUGUGGCUAUAUAAAUCAGAAUGUAGUGAUUUGCUUUGUAAGAUACUCUGAGUAUCCUGGGGUUGGGGGCAGAAACAAUGUAUGAAUGUGGCAUCAUUUGGAAGCAGGACAGAAUGUUGUUAGGUGUGGGCUCUAACCGUCACAAUAGGCCAUGGGACAUGUAAUAUAAGUGAUUUUUAAAACAGUGACUUACCUGCAAAGUUGUAGUUUGCGGAAAGGAAAUAAGUAAAAUGUCAACUUCUUUGUAAAGUCUUUCGCAAUACAAUAAAGGCACCAUUUUGGAUCAAGAUUU